AUGAAGCAUUACACCUCCGAAAGAUGUGAUCCACCUUCUGCACACUCAACAACUCCACCUAUCAAGACCUAUAAACCCUCUUCAGCUCCAAGUGUCUUUGUAUAUGAUCAACAGAUCAUAGAGUUGAAGAUAACAAUGGAUAGUCGUGAAAAAGAAAGUGAUUUCUACUUUGCAAAGCUUAAGAUAUUGAAAUCCUGUGCCAAUAUUCUAAUAUCUCAAACUUAUUAUUGAUGCGAUACUGAGGAUCUUGUACGCUGCUGAAGAGGAUGCAUUGAUACUUAUCUAUCUAGUUUUUACUAUGUUGGAUCGUAUCUUAUUGGUGAGACAACCAUCACAGUUUGGGCUUUAUCUUUUAACAUCAUUGGUGACGAAAUGGUUACAUGCAGCGGAUGCUGGAAACACUUAGCAUUAUUGGACCUGCAAGUGGUUGCACAAUGUUGACUGCACUUGCUUUCUAGAAACUAAAGUUCCAAGAAGAUCUCUUGUCUAAAGUUUUUGAAUUUUAUUACAUCAUGUAUGUCCAUCUUAGGGUAUGUUUUUUUUACUAGUCAAUAUGUAAUAUUUCUUGAUGUGUUUAGCUACUUUUAAUUUUAUAUGAGGUUAAAUUUUGGA